UUGAAGCAAAGUUUCGCGUCUUCAUAAGGGGUCUCAUGCCGACACGCAUGCCCAACUCUUGAGGCUGUCUCCACGCGCUCAUUGCACAUCAAUUGAUACCAAACCCCUAAGCAACGCAACCCCCAAAACGGAAAAGCCACCCCACAUCAAACUUCUUAAUUUGCAUUAAUACCGCCGUCAUAUACGGCGGAAGCCGGCGACCAGGGUAGAAUCAAUUAAUUCAGUAAAAGGGGGCUGAGCAAGGCUCAAGCCUGAAGCCUGAAGCAUCUCCAGACCGGCGAUGGCGACUUUGGCGGCUUCUCCUUCUCACCAACUACUGGAGCUAAAGCCUCAUCAACAACAGCCACAAAGGAGGUGGGGGAGGAAACCAGCCAAGAAGCACCAAUCUGUUGUCCCCGUUGCGAGGUUAUUCGGGCCGGCCAUAUUUGAAGCUUCGAAGCUGAAGGUUCUGUUCCUAGGAGUUGAUGAAAAGAAGCAUCCGGGCAAGCUCCCCAGGACUUACACGCUUACUCAUAGCGAUAUAACCUCCAAGAUCACACUGGCUAUCUCUCAAACCAUUAACUGCUCCCAGCUGCAGGGAUGGUACCACAGGUUACAGAGAGACGAAGUGGUGGGAGAGUGGAAGAAGGUGAAGGGGAAAAUGUCUCUGCAUGUUCACUGUCACAUAAGUGGUGGCCACCCCCUAUUAGAUCUAUGUGCUAAGCUCAGAUACUUCAUUUUCUGCAGAGAACUCCCAGUGGUACUCAAGGCCUUUGUUCAUGGAGAUGGGGAUUUGUUGAAGAACUACCCAGAAUUACAGGAAGCUUUGGUUUGGGUGUAUUUCCACUCCAACAUUGAAGAAUUCAACAAGGUGGAAUGCUGGGGAAAGCUCAAGGAGGCAGCAACAGUUAAGCAGGAGGAGAAGAGGAAGGAGGGUUCAGCAACCAAUUGUGAGAUUCCACAGCCAUGCCAAGAGGGCUGCAAAUGCUGCUUUUCUCCAAUCAGCAUGGAGUGAAUACCUACCUACUCGCCCACUCUCUUUGAACAACUGUAGUUGGGUAGGGAAAGAGAGGCUGUGAUGGAUGCAUGACGGCUGGCUUGGAUUGGUGAAGAACAUACAUGGUGUUUGUCAAUGUAUAUGCAAUUAUUUAUUAUUAUUUAUUUAUAGUUUUUAGAAGCUGUUCUAUAUAUCUAACUAUAGUCAAGUUCUGCCCCUUUUCUAGCUCGU